UCUCGCUCUCUUUCUAUCCCCCUCCCUUCCUCUCUUCUCUUCUGGCAUCCCCCAUCCCCCAUCGCUUUAUGUGCUUCCAUACAGCCUGAAAAAUCAACCGGAGGAGGAAACCUUCACACUCGCGGAGAAUAGACUGACCCUCAGCAACCCAGAAGAUCGCUCUAAACCGGGAUCACAGACUGGAUCAAGGAGACCUAUUUAAACUCUCGCAUACCGAUUUGCAUAUCCAUUCUUCCUACCUCCUUCAUUUGCCUUUCCUUCACUGAGAAUGGCAAGCGGGCAUUCCACUGACAAAUUCAGUUUUCUGUACCCAACAGACACCAGUCAGAACGUUAAGAGUAAGAACAGGCUGUCUUCCACCAUGAACCCGGUGUACAGCCCAGUGCAACCGGGAACCCCGUACGGAAACCCGAAGAAUAUGGCAUACACAGGCUAUCCCGGAGGUUAUCAUACAACUGCCCCGACCUACACAGCCAACCUUUAUCAGACAGGUAGCCCAGGAUACCCACCAGUGCUGCUGGUGAAGCAGGCCUGGCCCCAGACGGCAUCUGCUCCGGGGCCCGGAGAAGGCUCCUAUGACCUGGCCGUGGACGCUGGCUCAGAGAGCAGGCAGUACCAGGCCUCAUCUACAGCAUUCAGAUACACUGCAGGAACGCCUUAUAAAGUCCCCCCUAAUCAGACCAAUGGAGCCCCUCCUCCCUAUUCCCCGUCCCCUAACCCCUACCAGACGGCCAUGUACCCUAUUAGAAGUGCCUAUCCCCAGCAGAACCUCUAUGCUCAGGGUGCUUAUUACACACAGCCAGUGUACGCCGCCCAGCCUCAUGUAAUUCACCACACCACCGUGGUCCAGCCCAACAGCAUCCCCUCCGCCAUCUACCCCGCUCCUGUACCUGCGCCCCGCUCCAACGGCAUGGCCAUGGGCAUGGUGGCCGGAACAACGAUGGCCAUGUCUGCAGGAACCUUGCUGACCACCCCUCAGCACACUCAGAUCGGAGGACACCCCGUCACCGUGCCAACGUACCGACCCCAAGGAACACCUGGAUACAGCUAUGUCCCACCUCACUGGUAGAGCCCACCUGCCAAUCAUAUCUGGAGUCAAACAUUGUAUGCAACUACUCAAGUCUUACAUCGGCACUCUGUGCUCAACAAGGAGGUGCCACGUCUGUUUGCAAGAACAAAAGAGAAAAAAGUGCAAGGGUCACUUUAUGCAUUCUUACGUGUUUUUGUAAAAGCUGCUUUUUUAUCUUUUUUAUUUAAUUUUAAAUUUUUUUUUUUCUUCUCAUUUUUUGGGAUGAUGUUCUUGCAUUAGGUUAUUUUAAUUCUUCAUUGUUCCAUAGUUACUUCUGUCAGAACUCCAGAAUGAUUUCGACCAAUCACGCCUCUUCAAACGAUUUGUCUUUGUGUUCAGUAUAAACGCUGGUGUGUAGGAAUGUACCGACGCAAUAUCAGCAACUCUUCGGAUCAUAAUCAUUCAAUUAUGCUGCCAAAUUUUAUAACCUUUAGAUAUUAGCACAGGGUUCAUUUUUUGUUUUGUUUUUUUAUUAUUAUUUAUUUACAGCGGCGUUUCAUUUCAGCUUUCUCCGUUCUCGCACAGAACGCUCUGGAAUCAUUGAUUUUUUUUUUUAAAGGAAAUUUUAUUUCAUCUGAUUCAAUUCUCCCUCAUUUCAUUCUAUCAUCGAUAACAAGGGUGUCUUCCAGCUUGUAGCUGUUCAUGUAGAUUUGUAAGGAAUAUAUCAUUAGUAGGGCAGUGCAAACGUGGUUUAACCUUCAUUAGGAUAACGAGUACAUACAGUAAUCUUAGUUAUUCACUAAAUAGAGAACGUUUGAGUGAGCUGGUUACUUUAUUAGCCUAUGUGUCAGGAUAGCGUAAGCUUCUAAACUAUAACGUGUAUAUUCGAUUUAUAUAAACGUGCGCGCAUGGGUGCUCUCGCAGGGAACGCAGCGGCACGCGAGCAUGCGCUCACGUGCGAACCCAUUCGCGGAGAAUAUUGAGGAAAAAAAACUAUCAGUGGCACUUAGCUGGAGCCUCUGGGUGCGAUGUCAUCCCGGUGGCAUUGUACUUGAUCAAAGCGUGUGCCAACUUUGAGGCCAGACAGGACGGACGCUACUCUGACAGAACAAUUAGAACCGCAUCCAGGAUUCAAAGGGACUUUAUCGCAUCGAAAAUAGCACUGAAAGCAAAAAAGAAAUAAA